AUGCGCGAUUCUUCCAAAGCGCCAACUGCCAUGGCCAUCAGUGCGGCAGCCAACAGCAGCGCCACUUCGCUGGCUGGUGCUUUGCGCCGGGCAGCCAGCCGGCGCCCCGCCCCGGUGGAUCGCCACGAUGCUCGGAGCUUGGCCGGGUUGCUGGCCGACCGUCGGCUCCGGGCCGAUGCCCGCCGGGUGGUUGUGGCCGCCCUGCCACGGGUCCCUUCGGCCGGGAGUGACCUGCGCUCGGCCGAGCGGCAUCUCCGCCGGGCGGCCGAAUUGGAUCCCCAAUCCGAGGCCUGGGUCUUUGGCCUAUGGCAGCUGUAUGGCCUGGCUGGGCGGCUGUUGACGCGGUCAUCGCGUGAGCGCGGCCCUCUUGGCCUGGUCGUUCGCAGCCACCUUCGCACCUUUCUCAAAGCCAAUCCGGACAACCUGGCCGGCUGGGUCAUGUACCAUGACUUUCUUCAGGCAUCGGCCGAACUGUCGAGCCAGCGCGCGCCCGGGCGCUCGAACGCCCUGGUCAUGGCCGAGGCAGCCGGCAAGGCGCCGGACUCGGCGGAUCCCCGGCCGCGCUUGGAUCCGUUGCACUUCUCGUCGCUGGGCCGAGCAUCGGCCAAAAUCGCCCGGCUCGAUCCCCUUUGUCGGCGCCUGAUCUAUGAGCAGGCGCUGCUGCAUUUGAUGCGCGAGGCCGUGGGUGCUGGCGCCGCCAUCCCCGGGAGUCAGCGUUUCUCCUCCACCGGGCCCCUGUCGGCGGGGUCCUUCGCGCACCUACGUCGGGCAUUGGACCUGGCCCAGUGCCGGCUGCUGGCCCUCCAUGCAUCGACCACUGUGCACUAUCGGUGUAGGACGGCCGGCGCGCGGCCCAUUGCUCUGGACACGCCUCGGCCAUCGGCCGGCGAUCCCUGGGCCGAAAUGGCGGCCCUCGGUGUUCGAUGGCCGGCGGACUUGUCGCUGCUGAUCAACCGGCUGUCCACCGACCGGCCGGCGCCAGCGCGGCAUCUCCAUCGGAAAUCCUACUGGCAGCAGCGUCCCUGGACUGGGCGAAACUUUGGUGCACACGCGCGCGACCUGCCCGCCCAGAGUACCGCCGACGUCAUUGGCCUUCAGGAUACGCCAUCCAUCCGGGCGUCGUUGGCGGAGAGUCACAUUGGCGGCUGGCAGCCGCUGCUUCCGCUUCAGAGUGAGCAUCUUGCCCAGUUGGCCGGGACCGCCGGCGGGGGCUGCCAUGCGCAAAUCGAGGCAUCAGACUGCUUGGAUCUCGGCCACCGGGCUGCCGAGGCCGAGGCGCGCGAGCUGCUGCAGCUCUGGCGCCAAGCCUUGCGACUGGGCAUGAUGGCGGUGGGCCCCCCCCAUCCCGACACCACACGGACCUGGCCCGGCGGCGCGCCCCAGGCGGCCGAGCAUCUGGCCGAGCUCCACCGAGCGGCCUCGGCCCCGGGCGCCGAAAGCCGGCAUUUCCCCAGCAGCACGGCUUCCUGGCUGGCGUCGAUGAUUGCCCUCAUCCCCGAGGCGGGUCUUGGGCAAUCGCACGCGGUCUUCAACCACCUUACUCGGCCAAGCGCAAGCACAGGUGCCACUCGGCCGGCCACUUGCCACUGGUCAUACGGCGAUGGUCCGAUGGAUCUCUGGGACCCGGCGAUCCAGCAGGCGCGCCAUUCUGCCACCACGGCCGUUGCCUCGGCCGACCCCCCGUCGGAUCCCUCUUCGGACUCCUUGACAGACUCCUCCUCGGGCUCCUCCUCAGAUUCAGAUGGAGCCCCCUCCCCGCCCGUGGAAUCCCCUGCCCUGGAUGCCGAUGCCCCCUCCGCAUGCUCAGCCCCGGGAGGGGGAUGUUCGUGUGCUGGGCGCGUUGCUCGGAUCUGGGCGGCCGUGGUGACCUGCCAACUGCUGGUGGCGGUGCUUCUUUACGCACCGCAGCUUUGCGCCCUUCCCGAUCCCACCGGACUGCAGGGGCUCCUUCGGCACUUGAAACGAGCCACGCACCCGGCACACACGUCGACCACCGAUGGCGGCCGCCCUCCGUUGCCGAUGCGCCUGUUCAACUUCCUCUGGGGUGGCUUCUCCGGGCGGGGGUUCAUCCCCCUGUGGCUGCUUCGAGGGGAGCUGGCCGAGGCCGUCCGGGCGGUUCGAUCAUCGGCCGCCGGAACCGAGGAUCUGGUUCCAGGCAGGUGGUUCAUGACCCUGCUGGACCAUGUCGGGGUGUACUUCGAACUCCUGAGUCGGGCUCUGCUCGGCUCGGCGGGCGGGUGGUACGCUCCGGUGCACCCGAUGGACGAUGCUGUCCCUUCGGUUCGGCGCUUCCAUUACCAACAAGCGCGGCAUCUUAUGCGUGCGUUGGUCUUCCCGGGCCGCACCACGGCCGAGAACAUUGUCGCCUGGCAGCCGGAGGAUGCGCCUGAGCCGGACAAACGCCCCUCCCAGCUGCUUGGCCUGCCCCCGAGUGACAUCUCCCGGGAUGGCGAGGCGUCUGACUUGGAAAGGGGAAGAAGCCCUUCGCCAAGCGCCCCGGAUCCGCUGUUCCUGGCGCCGGAGAUGCUGGAGGGUGGGCCUGUUACGCGUUCAAAGCGCCGUCGUUUGUUGUCUCGCCGACUGGGGGCGGAUGGUCAGGUUUCGACCGCUCCGGCCGAUGACCACCAGGAUGCAACUUCAUCGCCGGCCGCCUUCCUGGAUUUCGAGUCCCAGACCCAGUCGCAGCCCUUGUUUUGA